AUGGGCUGUGGAGGAUCUAAAGUGGACGAUUUACCACUAGUAACUCUCUGUAGAGAGCGCAAAGAAGUAAUCAAAGCUGUCUCCGACCACCGCUACGCCCUCGCUGCUGCACACGUGGCUUAUUUUCAUUCACUGAGAGACGUUGGCGACGCGAUUCUCCGAUUUGUCGACGAAGGACUCGUGAUCGCCUCUUCCUCUACACCUCCUGCCUCUCCCGUACUAACAUUACCUCCUCGAGAAGGAAAAUCCAGGCGCAAAUCGAAAAAUUCCACUCCUUCAACGUCACUUUCGCACUCUAUAGAAAGCAAAAGUAAAGAUGAUGAGAUUGAAAAUUCGCAUUUGGAUUUGUCUUCCGCGUCGGAUACCGAAUCGGGCUCAGGUUCGGGUUCGGGUCAUAUCCACAUUCACGAUACCCCUGAAGAAGAGGAAGAAGAAGAAGCGGUAAGAGAGGUACCUUUAACUUCUUACAAUAAUAAUUUUAAUGAUUACCCCCAGCCCCAAACUCAAGGGCAUUGGGGUUUUCCUAAUUAUUCAGGAGAUAAUCCAUAUUUUAACCAGUUCCCGUAUCCAUACUCGUACGAGAAUUCGUAUUCUAAUACGUACUAUAUGAAAAGGUCUGCUACUCCGGCAAAAACGGUGAUGUAUGAGGAUCCGUCGGUAAAUAGGUAUUCGGAUGGAGGGUCGGGUUACUAUGGAGGUGGGUAUUUUGGGUACCCGAUGAUGGGAACGCCUGCAAGACAGCCAAGUCCUGAAACUCCACCACCGGUGCCACCGUCACCACCGAAAGUGUCAACAUGGGAUUAUUUCAACGUGUUUGAUGCAUACGACAAUGGUGUUAGUGGUGGGUAUCCGGGUUAUAAUCCCAAUGCGAGAUACGGGUAUGGUUCGAGUACCAGUAGCCCGGAUUCGAAGGAGGUUAGGGAGAGAGAAGGGAUUCCUGAUUUGGAAGAUGAAACGGAGCAAGAAGUGAUAAAAGAGGUUCAUAAAGAGAAGAAGAAAGCGAGUGAAGAAAUGGAUGUGAACGGGAAAAUGAAAUUUAACGAGGAAAUGGAAAGGAAUUACGGAGAGGGUACUUCAAAAUCAGUGCAUUUUGAAAGUAGUAGUGAGAGUUUAGAGUCAAUUAAGGGUAAAGGAACUAGGAGCAGUAUGAGUCCGGAUACAAUUCAGAGUUCUGAUAGCACUGUUUCGAAGAGUCCUGAAGAUGGGACUGCGAGGAAUAAGGGGGUUAGUUUUGAGGUUGAAGAUGCAUCUAAUGUAACAAUGGAUGUUGAGUCUUCAAAGCCUAGCAGUGCUGCUGCUACUACAUUUUUGGCCCAUGGUACAAGGGAUCUUCAAGAGGUGGUCAAUGAAAUCAGGGAUGAGUUUGAGACUGCUUCUGAUUAUGGGAAAGAGGUUGCACUAAUGCUUGAGGUGAGCAAGUUGCCUUACCAAUACCAGCGAAAAAGUACCCUACUUAAAGCGAUUCUUUCCAGGAUCCUGUAUUUGGUGUCUUCCCACCCUCCUGCAAGGCCAUCAGUACGCAUUUCUUCUAGGACAAUGAAAAUGGCUAAAGCUUACGCUACAGAACCUGGAAAUGGCUUUGACAUGAGGCGUAGAAGCCUUUCAUCUACACUACAAGAAAUUUAUGCUUGGGAGAAGAAACUAUACAAGGAAGUGAAGGAUGAAGAGCGGCUACGGUUCAUCUAUGAAAAGGAGUGCAAAAGGUUAAAAAUACUCGAUGACCGUGGAGCCGAGUCUAGUAAAAUUGAUGCUACACAGGCUUCAAUAAGGAAAUUGCUGACAAAAAUCAAUGUUUGUAUCAGAGCUGUCGAUGCUAUAUCUACUAAGAUACACAGGUUGAGGGAUGAAGAAUUGCAGCCUCAGAUCACUGAAUUGAUUCAUGGAUUGAUAAGGAUGUGGAAGUCCAUACUCAAAUGCCACCAGAAGCAGUUCCAAGCUAUCAUGGAAAGCAAAUUUCGCUCUCUCAAGGCACACAGAGAUUCUGGUUUGAAAGCGACAGUUGAACUUGAAGUGGAGCUUCUCAAUUGGUGCACCUGCUUUAACAACUGGAUUAAGACCCAAAAAUCUUAUGUUGAGUCAUUAAAUGGGUGGCUUUUAAGGUGUCUUCAUCACGAACCUGAAGAAACCCCUGAUGGGAUUGCACCAUUUUCCCCAAGUAGAAUUGGUGCUCCGCCUAUUUUUGUAAUUUGCAAUGAUUGGUACCAGGCAAUGGUUAGGAUUUCGGAGGAGGGGGUUGAAAAUGCGAUGCUUGGUUUUGCUUCGAGUUUACAUCAAUUGUGGGAACGGCAAGGUGAGGAGCAGCGACAGAGGAUCAAAGCAGAGUACCUUACUAAGGAUUUUGAGAAACGGCUUAAAACCUUGCGUAUGGAGAAGGGAAGGAUUGAGCAAGAGCAUGAUGCCUCAUCAGAUAAAACUAUGUCAAAGGUUCCUUCAGAAAGUGGAAUCUCACCACUAGAUGAUCUGAAGGUGGACUUGGAUUCAAUGAGGAAGAAAUUGGAAGAAGAGAGAGCAAGGCAUAAGGAGGCGGCCAAAUUAGUUCAUGAUGCAGCUUCCAGUAGUUUGCAAGCAGGUUUGGUCCCAAUUUUUGAGGCUUUGGGUAACUUCACUUCAGAAGUUUUGAAAGCUCAUGAAGAAGUUAGGCUUCAAGAUGCCAGAGGCCCAUAG